GUGGGCUGUGGGGUAGGGACGUGAGGGGGAAGGGUGUGAAGUUGGAGGGGAAGGAGGUGGGGAUGCCUUCUAAGGAGGUCUGUGUCACUCAGAGUUAUGAGUUAUCAGCAGUCACGGCCCGGGGAAAACAUUUCAAAACUCUAGCAACCGGCAGCUCCCAUAGCAACGGAGGCGCCCUUCCUCUACCUCACGAUCGGAGGAAAAAUACAGCAAUGACCUUUCAACCACGGCUUUCUGCCCGCACAUUUUAAAUGUGUCCCGCUCGUGGCGCACAGCCUGCUGGACUUGUAGUCUAAAGUAACCCGGGUGACAGUGAGCGAUGGGCGAUAGAGACUCCAGCUCCCAGAUGACACUGCGACGGACAUGCGUAUUCCAGACCACCGGCUGUUGACGGCUCCUAUUUACGUGGGCGGGACCGAAUGGGAGCUAGCUCCCGCCGCCUGAGCCUGCCGAUUGGUGAAAUCCUUCCCUUUACUCGGCAAUGGUUGCAGCUAAUAGGGUGUAUCGUGCUGCCAAUCACUAAUUAAAGUGCGGCAUCUGUCAGGAGCUUUGGUGGAGAGAAAUAGAAAACACAUACGUUGGAUCCCAAUUGACAGAUAACUUUACGAAACAUGCGCCUGCCAAAUGCGACAGCUAAAAUAAAUAGUUGGAAGGACAAUUGUCAGAUGGGCACGAGCUGUGGCGGGCGCUCAGAGACGUCACAAUACUAUGCAAAUGAGGACCGCCGGCGCGCAUGCGUGCUGUCCUCUCGAGUGUUUCCCAAGUGUUUCAAACUGGGUUCGCUGUUUCCACGUUGGAUUCAAAGCCCCGGGAUUGGGAUCGGACUGUGUAGGGGUAGAGGGGCACUGAGGCCAAGGAGGCUGUACCCACACUCGCCGAUGUAAGGGGAGAGCUCUCCAGUUCACGCCUCGCUCUGUCCCGGCAGUGUCUUUUCAAAUUUGCUUGUUUAUUUUUUCCAAAAAGAGAAAGGCGGAGUGAGCGAGAGUGAGGGGCUGAGGCUUGCACCGUGUGAGCGAACGAGUGUGGCCCAAGGAAAGUCCGUCUGUUCCCCUCCCCUAUUGCCCCAACAAAUAACAAAUGUAGCUUGCAAGAUGCUGAGUCCUGCGAACGGGGAGCAGCUGCACGCUGUGAACUAUGUGGAGGACUAUCUGGAUUCAAUCGAGUCUCUGCCUUUCGAUCUUCAGAGGAACGUUUCUCUGAUGAGGGAAAUCGAUGCUAAAUACCAAGACAUCCUGAAGGAGCUGGACGAGUACUAUGAGAAGCAUCGGCGGGAGACGGACGUGGCGCAGCGCCGGCGCAUCCUGCACUACAUCCAGCGGGCUCUGAUCCGCAGCCAGGAGCUGGGCGAUGAGAAGAUCCAGAUCGUCAACCAGAUGGUGGAGCAGGUGGAGAACCGGAGCCGGCAGGUGGAGGGGCACGUCGAGCUCUUCGAAAACUGUGCCGACGCCAGUGACGCCAAUGGCAAGUCCUCGUUGGACAGGUCCAGGAGCGAGGGCACGGCACCCGCGGAGAAGGCCAGUGCCAAGAGGUCCAGGAGGCAGCGCAACAACGAGAACCGGGAGAACACUUCCAGCAACCACGACCACGAGGAGACCAGCACCGGAAUGCCCAAGGAGAAGAAGGCAAAGACCUCCAAGAAGAAGAAGAGGUCCAAGGCCAAGGCAGAGAGGGAAGCUUCUCCCACUGACCUCCCCAUCGAUCCCAACGAGCCCACCUACUGCCUGUGCAACCAGGUCUCCUACGGAGAGAUGAUCGGCUGUGACAAUGAUGAAUGUCCCAUCGAGUGGUUCCACUUCUCCUGUGUGAGUCUCCACCACAAACCCAAAGGCAAAUGGUACUGUCCCAAGUGCAGGGGCGAGAAUGAGAAGACCAUGGACAAAGCACUGGAGAAAUCCAAAAAGGAAAGGGCGUAUACCAGGUAGUUCCAGGGUCAGUGCCCGCUCUCUGUACAGCAACAGAUCCCUGUGUAUUUAUUACUGACGUGUCCCCCUCUCUCUGGCCAAGUGGAUAGUGGGGUGUACUCUAAAGAAGGCAUUUGUCCUGGAGACCAGUUUAUAGGUUUUUUUUCCAAGUAACAGUGAGGACUCAAAAGAGCCCAGGUUUUUAUGUUUCAUGUCCGGUGCCUGGACUAGUUUUUGUUUUGUAAAAAAAACACUUUCUUGAAAAAAAUUGUAAAAAUGUCAAUCGUCAUUUCCUUUUUUAAAAUCUACAUCUCUCUCUGGACAAAAACAAUAAAGAAGAGGAAAUGGUUUUUAUUAAAAAUAUUUAUCAGAAAUAGCUGCCUUUUUAGUUUCUCAAGAGUUUGUAUAAAUGUACAGGUAGGAACUUUCCAUGUAUAGUGUAUGAUUCACAGUAUUGGGGUUUAACCAGAUUGUAAGAAAUAAUUUUAUUGUUACUUGUUUAACAGAAACCUGUACAGAUGUGAUAUACAUUAUAAAGGAUGAAUGAAGGAGCUGUGUGUGUGA